AUGGUGACCGUGUCACACCACCCAUUUGAUCCUAUCACACCGGAGGAGAUCAAGCUUGCUGUGCGCAUUUUAGAGGCUACCUUCCCCGGGGUUCCUCUGCGCUACAAGCGGAUUGAUGUGAAUGAACCUAUCAAGAAAGAUGUCCUACCAUAUAUCGAAGCCGAACGGUUGCGCCGACCACUGCCCAAACCGCCAGCACGUCUGCUCUAUACCCUGUUCCACCGGCAGGACAGUGGUGCAUUCCAUAAGGCUAUUUUGAAUGCUGAUACACGCAGUGUUGUCUAUGCGAAGGAGCUUCCGCGUGAGGUCCAGGGACCCAUCGAUAUUGAUGAGAUCAGCGAAAUUGAAGAAAUGUGCAUGAAGCACCCUGCUGUCCUGGCAGAGAUCGAGAAAUUGCAAUUGCCUCCCGGGGUGACGGUCUGCAAUGAUCCCUGGAUGUACGGCACUGAUAAUGAGAAGGAAACACGGCGACUCUUCCAGUGCUUCAUGUACCUGGUUUCCGUAGACCACCCACAACACAACCAUUACUCGCUACCGUGCAAAUUCUCCCCCGUUUUCGAUGGCCUUACCCAUGAGCUUGUCCGAAUGGAUUAUCUUCCUGGUGCUUCUGGGUUUGAUACUCAAGAGACACAACCCUGGAAGCCCGUCAAAGCAAUUCAAUACGCCCACGACAUUCUCGAUGAGCCCAUUCGCAAAGAUCUCAAGCCCUAUAUUGUGCAACAGCCCGAGGGUCCAUCUUACACCGCUGACGGCAACUCUGUUUAUUGGCAGAAAUGGCGUUUCCGGGUCGGUUUCAAUAUCCGAGAAGGUCUUGUGAUUUAUAAUAUUACAUAUGACAACCGAAAUGUGUUCUAUCGUUUGUCAGUUUCAGAGAUGACGGUGCCAUACGGAGAUCCUCGGGCGCCUUAUCACCGAAAGCAGGCUUUUGAUGUUGGUGACACAGGCUUCGGUAUGAAUGCUAACCAAUUAUCACUUGGAUGCGACUGCCUUGGACACAUCAAAUAUUUUGAUGGCUUCCGGAAUGACUGCAAGGGCAACUCAGUGCAUUUGAAAAAUAUCAUCUGCAUGCACGAACAAGACAACGGGCUGCAACACAAGCACACGAACUAUCGGUCUGGCGCUGCCACUGUUGUGCGUAACAGACAACUGGUCCUUCAGAUGAUCUGUACAGUUGCCAACUAUGAAUAUAUUUUUGCAUACAUCUUUGAUCAGGCUGGCAAUAUCGAGUUAGAAAUCCGUGCUACCGGAAUUCUCUCUACUGUGCCGUUUGACAAUGAGAAUGGCCAGACUGUCCCAUGGGGAACCAACGUGGGCCCAGGUGUGAUGGCUCCCUUCCAUCAGCAUAUGUUCUCUUUCCGUAUCGAUCCCGCUAUUGACGGAUUCAAGAACACGGUGUACUACGAAGAUAGUGUUCCCAUGCCCGAGGAUGAGAACAAUCCUUGGAUGGUUGGCUAUACCACAGAGCCUACCGUGAUGAACACCUCCGGCUGGGCGAACACCAGUGUCGACCGUCACCGUGUUUUCAAAAUUCGCAAUGAUAAUAUCACGAACCCAGUCACCUAUAAGCCAGUCUCAUACAAGCUACAAACCGUUCCGAGCCAGAUGUUAUUGGUUGGCAAAAGCUCGCUGGGUUAUCGCCGGGCCGAAUUCGCUAGCAAGCCUAUUUGGGUCACUAAGUACCAGGACGAUGAACUGUACGCUGCAGGUGAAUUUACCAACCAGAGCCGACGGGCUGAGGGAGUUGAGACUUGGAUUCAACGUAAGGACAGUACCGAGAACGAGGACGUCGUUCUGUGGCACACUUUCGGCCUCACCCAUAAUCCCCGCAUCGAGGACUUCCCUGUCAUGCCCAUGGAGCGCGUCAGUGUGAUGCUGAAGCCUGAUGGGUUCUUCACUAAGAACCCAGCCCUGGACGUGCCCCAGUCCGCUCAGGCCUUUAACAAAUCCACCCUCCACCCGGAGGCGGUUCAAAGCGCUUGCUGUGCUGGUACAUCAUUGAACAAAGCCAAGCUUUACAAGCGACUGGAUUAA